ACUUCCCGUCAUCGUCAUUCAUCUAGCUUGGUCUUGUCAAAAUGGCGAGCCUCAUGUAGGGGUCGUGUGUAACUACCUGUCACGUUCUCACCACUGUAAGGCAAUUUAUUUUCUGUAUUGUUGGCUAUGCUAAAAACAAUGCUGCCUUUGCGAACUGCUCUGAAGACGUCCGCUUGUGUUUUGCGUGAAAGCGGCACGCUGUGCUCAGCUCUGUUAGCGACACCUCGGACAUGCAGCUCCGCUUUGUUAUCAGGACCGAGAGUCGGCUGUGUUGCAGGAAGCUUUGCUGUUCCACCAAUAAGACAUUAUGCUCGGGCUGCAAAGAAAAUGAAGACCGGCUAUGAAGGCCAGCUCAGUGAUCUUCAACCAGCAAUGCUGAAGCUGGAUUAUACAGCUGUACCCCUCGCUCAAACGACUGACGAUGUUGUCAAAAGACUUCUUUCGCUGGAGUUAGCGAGUCAUACUGAAAAGUUACAGCUGAAAAAGGAACAGCUGAUUGCAAAAGUCCAAAAGGACAAGAAUGACCGCAGCUCAGUGGAAGUCAAGGUGGCUGUUUUGACUGCAAGAAUCCGAAACUACCAGGAGCACUUGCAAAAUCAUAACAAGGAUAAAGCCAACAAGAGGCGGAUGCUCAUGGCCAUAGACCAAAGGAAAAAGAUCUUGAAACGUCUUAGGUUGGUUAACUAUGACUCCUUUGAGAAAGUGUGCGAGCAGCUGGGCAUAAAGUACACUUUCCCUCCAGAGUACCACAGACGGCUCACCCGUCGCUGGCAGGUCAAGAAGGCCUUCUGCAUCAGGGUCUUUAAGGAAGUGCAGAAGCUGAAAGCCGAGCAGAGACUGAACACAAAGCAAAGUUUAGCCUCCACAGACGCCGAGGCGGCCAAGAGAGGAACUGCUUUGAGCCAAUAAAAUACAAUGUACUGUAUAUUGCUACAAUUUAUUCUAAAUAGUUGUCUUAAGCUGCAUCUUUACUUUUACACCUUCAAAUGUGGUUUGAUUUGGCAUGUGGAUUCAUCAUGCAACAUUGUUUGCUUUUGCUUUCAAGUUGGUGUCAGAAUUUAAUAGAAAUAAAAUGUCCCAGAAAGUUUGAUUUAAA